AUGUUGGUGGUGAAAACUCUGCACGUGGAUUCUACUCUAAAUGCCAACAGAGAGAAUGUAAAAUCGGAAUCGGAGACUGCUAUUCCCCCAUCUAAUGAAGUCACGGAAUCCAUCAAGCCUGAUCAUCAAGAUGGACAUAACGAAAAUCAGGAUUCCGAAAAGACCAAGGUCAAAUUUGAGGAUCAUCCAGACAAACAUAACGAUAAGCAGGAAAUCAACGAUGGUGCAGUUGAAGUGAAGCCCAAAAAGCGGGGACGAGGCGCAAAAGGUUCCCGUGGUCGCCAUUCGUUAGACAGUUCAAUAACUCAAGAGGUUCGUCGGAGUGGUCGAGUUCGUAAACCUGUGGAGUUCCUCACAAUGGAAGUUCUACAACCUAAGCGUGUACGUCAGUCUUCUAAACCAACAAACCAGACACCGACCACAGAAGCUCAGACCAAUGGCGCAAAUGUAGUAACCAAGAAAAAAAGACGCUCGAAAAAGCUUGAAGAAGAGCCGACGAAAAAGAAAAAGAAGAAGUCAAAACGGAAGCGACGUCAUGGGAAAAAAUCGAGAGGAUCAUAUGUAUGGCUCAGCGCCACAUCAUCCAGUGAAUCGGAUGACGAUGAUGCUUUCGAACGUGCUCUACUCGAACAUGAUCUAAUGUCAGUUAGCGACACUGCAGAUACGAACGGAAACAAACCUGAUGCACUCGAUUGGCUUGACAAACCGGAAAGUGAUUUUAAUCCAGAUGAGUUGUCCAGUGAAAGUGAUGUUGAUAGUUUGACACUAGGACGAAACUUCGCGCGACAGAAACGUCUGGAACGAAUGCGUGCUGCCGAAGCCGCCUCGGUCUUGGCUUCAAAUAACACUGCAGACGAGACAUGUCAGGUUUGUGGCAAGGCGCAUGAGCCUGAAUGGAUUUUGCUCUGUGAUCGAUGCGACAAAGGUCAUCAUGCCAUGUGCCUCUGUCCUCCACUUUUUUUCAUUCCCGAGGGCGAUUGGUUUUGUCCGCGUUGUCAACAUGCUACCUUACUGGAAGCUCUAGCUGAGUGUGCUGAUCAAAUCGACGCUGAGCAAAAGAAGCAAACAAUCUGGAAACGGAUGCAGGAACGUCUUAAUUUCGUGAAUAUCAGCAUGACCAAUAUACUCGCUGAUGGGGACGAAGAGGAUGGAGACAACGGAGGUAGGCGGCGUGCCCGGUCGACUGCGAAUAUGGUUUACAGGGAUUCGUACUCGUCUCAAGAGGAUGUUGACGGUGAAAAUGAAGACGCUUCUCAAUCGAACUCUGGAGAAUCUGCUACUCCUUACAGGACCGAUGGAAGUGAUAGUGCUUCAGAAACAUUUGGAGGGCGACGUAUUACGUCACGUCGUGCGGCUCGGCAUGCUCGUCUUGUAAAUGGUUUAAAUAGAACUGAAAGACGAUCAGCCGCUUCGCGUCGAGCGCGUAACCGUUGGCUUUCUGGUUCAGAAAGUGAGGAAGAAACUUCAUCUUCUAGUGCGUCAUUUGCUCCUCCUGCACCUAGAGCCGCUCGACAACGACCCGUUCAAUAUGAUCUCGGAGAAGCAUUCAAGCAAUUAGACGAAGCCCUAGAAGACGAUGAAAAGUAUCAGGAAGAGAAACGUCGUCGGCGCAAUCGACGUCUGAAUCGUGAGGAAGAAAGUGGUAGUCCACGGGACCUGGAUGCUCCUGCAUCACCUUCAUCUGGUCCUCCUCCGGGUCGCUCCCGUGGUAAAGAUCUAUCAAAUAUUAUGGGUCCCAACUGGGAAUCACGGUUAGAGCUAGAUCGACCUAGUCGAUCACGAAAACGCCGGGCUGGCGUACUUUCCAGUUCAUCAACCGAUUCCGAAGAACAGCUUCCAGUUCCUGGUAAUACGAGAAAACGCAAGAUGAGCUCAGACGACGCGGAGGAUGCAGACUUCCGACCCUCUGGCUCAAGCGAAGAGCUUUCAGAACAAAGUGAAGAUGUAGACGAGACAGGCUCGACCUCCGAAUCGGACUCGAGUUGGCUGUGUGCUGCUCGACGACGCAAUCGUAAAAUGGGAAAAAGAGGACCCCGAGUUGCAAACUCUGGACGUAAACGGUCCAAAUACUUGGGUCGGCGUCGAGGUCGCCCAGUUCCUCGUUUUGAACAAAGUGAAGACGAAGAGUUGCUUGACGAUGUCAGGUCACCCUUAAAUGCCUCCAAACCUCGACCCAGAAGGUGCGAAUCAUUUGGGUAUUUAUUUGUCUGUAUGCAUGUGACAUUGAUAUCCUUAUUGCCAUUGAGAAAAGUUUCCGCGUUGGCGGUGCUGUUUUUUGUGGGAACAAUCCGUGAUCUGCGUACAGAUGAAGUAGAGGGCUUGGAUGUAGAUAGUUUCUGA